AUGACCAGAAAGAGAAAGAACCCGGUGGAAGCUACUGAGGAGGCAGCAGCCCGCCCGUUUCCGGCCAAGAACCAUUCUCCAAAGAAGGAUUAUGCGAACCAGAACGAAUUUUCGCAGUAUGGUUACAAGGACGAGAAUCAUGGACAAUAUCCGGCGAAGAGACCUUUCGAUCGGUAUAAAAACCAGGAGGCGCAACAAGACUCCUACGAAUAUGACGCUAAUUCUACAAACAUGUCAGGUGGUGAUGCUGCAUCGGGUUUCCCGAAAGACGUCGUAACCUACUUGAGAAAUAUGGAGCGUAUUUCUAAAGACGGAGGAUUCAUUAAUGACGCGGUUGAUCGGGCAAUUGAUGAAGUUACCGGACUAGAAGAGCGAUUACUGAUGUACCCCGAGUCUUCUCGCGUUGUCGAAGAAUUAUUCGGCAAAACGAGCUACGCCGCGUAUUCAUUUCUGCAACUUGUAUCGAAAUUGAAGCACAAAACAAUUAUUAGCAUGAUCUACAGUGGAUGUGGUGCCAAAGUGCUCGAUGUGCUGUUGUACCGAUUGAAUCUCGCCGAGAACGCGGAGGCUCUACAGAUCUUUGAACUUUUCACUGAACUUGUCGCCGAGAACUGGACCGAUUUUGCGCAUUCUAUGAACUCGUCUUUCAUCAUCCGUGCUUUGCUGAGAAUAUUCUCAGGGUUGCAACCGGAAGCAAAUAAAGGGGAUCACAAGAAGCCCCCCGCGCCCGUUACAACUCCGAAGCCCAAAUACAGCUCGCCUGAGGCCGAGAAGAAACUGGCUCCAUUCUAUAAAAAAUUGGCAACUCUUUUAUUCGACUACGGUUCACAUUCAGCUAUCCUGGACCAUAAUCACAUCGCGCUCCUCAUCCAAGAGGGAAUUGCUUGUGAAGCAGCCCACUCACGCGUCAAGCUCAUCGAUCAGUUUAUUGAUGCCGCAAUAACCAAAGCGGGAGACGAUCAAACUCAGAUCACCAAAGAAUGGGAAGGCCGCAACUCGUCUCGGGUUUGGGAAAAACUUGUCGACAGCUGUAGUGAGGACGCAAAGCUUAGGGUUUGGAUGACUAUUUCCGGGAGCGCAUCCAAGCUAGCACAACAUCAAUCGGCCAAUUUCGCACUUCAAAAAUUGAUCAGAAGCGUGAGAUCGUUGGAAUUGGCUACUGAUAUCAUGGACGAGCUGUCCCCGAUUUUGGACCAGCUUCUUACAAGUGCAAGUUUUGGAGUCGUUCAAUCGCUGGUUCAUUGUGCAUCCCAUCAUGAUGAUCUUCAACAAACAUUGCUCAAGUCCUUUCGGCGCUACUUCAAGGCGAACACGGAAUCGACGAAACUCCAUUUCCUACCAAACGUCCUUACAAUGAAUGGCAGUAAAAACCAGUCCAGUGAGGUUGUACCGGACACGAUUACUACCAGGGGUUCAUUGGUGUUCGAAUGCUUGCUGAAUUUGACGCGAACGAAGACGAUUAGCGAGUGCUUGAAGAGUCUCUCGCCAGAUACGGUCUUUCAACUGGGCACUCAUCGUGUUGGCAGCCAUGUGAUCGAGCAUGUCUUCCAGUCUAAAAAUAUUGGCAAGGACGUGAAGCUACAGAUUGCAGGCGCUUUCGAGGGGAAGUGGUCGUCUCUGAUAGAUAAUCCGUACGGCUCGCAUGUGUUUGAGCGGCUUUGGGAUUGCGACGCCUUCACGAUCGAUUUGAAGGAGCGGUUCAUGCACCAGAUUAUGCGGAAUACCCCCAAGGGCUACGGAAAAUUCUGGCGUUUCAUGCUCCUCCGUACGAAGGCGGAACUUUACAAGAAAGACGUGAAAGCCUGGGUAAAAGAAUGGAAGACCGAAGGCGAGAUGACCCAAAAAGAUGAGAAGCGAAUGAACAAGAUAAAGAAGAAAGCCGAGAAGAAGCUGCAGGCGAACAAACAGUCUGCUGAAGCACAAGAGCCGGCCGCUGAAGAA